GUCAUCGACGACGUCGCCGCCAUCGCGAAGAAGGCGGGCGACGCCAUCAUGGAGAUCUACACGAAGACGCCCCUCGACGAGUGGAAGGCCAUCGCGGACUUCAAGGCCGACGGGUCCCCGCUGACCAAGGCCGACACGACGGCGAACACGAUCAUCUGCGACGCGCUCACGGCCGCCUACCCGAAGAUUCCCAUCAUGUCCGAGGAGAACAAGCUGCUGCCGUACGCCGAGCGGAAAGGCUGGGCCUACUUCUGGUGCGUCGACCCCCUCGACGGCACGAAGGAGUUCAUCAAGCGCAACGGCCAGUUCACGGUGAACAUCGGCCUCGUCAAGGGCACGUCGCCCCUCGCGGGCGUCGUCUACGUGCCCGCCGCCGAGGACGGCCCGGUCAUGUACAAGGGCGUCAAGGGUUUGGGCCCGCCCGUGCGCGAGAUCGACGACCCGCUGGGCUACGACUCCUACAAGUCCAUCUUCUGCAAGGCCUUCGACGAGAAGGACGCCGGCCUGACGCUCGUCGCGUCCGCGAGCCACAACACGCCGGAGACCGACGCCGUCUUCUACAGGUACAAGGACGCGAAGCUCCAGUCCAAGGGCUCGUCGCUCAAGCUGCUCAUGGUCGCCGAGGGCGCGGCCCACAUCUACCCGCGGCUCGCGCCGACGUCGGAGUGGGACACGUGCGCCGCGCAGGCCAUCGUCGAGUGCGCCGGCGGCGAGGUGCUCCAGCACGCGGGCGGCAAGGACUGCGAGCCGGGCAAGCCCGUCGCCUACAACAAGCCCGAGGCCCUCAACCCCUUUUUCGUCGUC